UCUAAAAUCAACCCUGAUUCUGUUUUUUUGAUUAUAUAAAAAAAACAGAAAAUAAAUAAAGGGGAAAAUGGCAUUUUUGAGUACUUUGACGGGAAUUAUUGGUUUUGGAAUGGGAGUUCCAUUUGGACUCUUGCUUGGAUUCUAUUUCUUCAUUUACUCUAAACCCAAAAUUGUUCAGUUACAGGAACCGAUCACAAGGCGGGUGAGUCAGCUAGACAACACAGCUUUGCUUAAUCUUCUUCAUGAUAUUCCAUUAUGGGUAAAAUGCCCUGAUUAUGAGAGAGUAGAUUGGCUGAACAAGAUCAUUGCUGACAUGUGGCCAUACCUUAAUAAGGCAAUUUGUGCUUCAAUAAGAAGCAUGACAGAACCCAUGUUUGCAGAGUAUGUUGGGAUGUUUCAGAUUAAAACCAUUGCCUUCGAAAAUUUAAGCCUCGGAACAAUUCCUCCUGAUAUUUAUGGUUUUAAAAUCUGUGAAACUAAUGAGAACGAACUAGUUCUUGAACCAGCAGUUAGAUGGGCUGGCAAUCCAAAUAUAGUUUUGGUGGUCAAAGUGUUGACUUUCCGAAUCACAAUUCAGGUUGUAGAUAUGCAAAUACUUGUGGCCCCAAGGGUAACUUUGAAACCUCUUGUUCCAACCAUACCAUGUUUUGCAAAUGUUUCAGUCUCUCUGCUGAAAAGACCCGAGAUCGACUUCGGAUUGAAUGUUCUUGGAGGGGAUCUUAUGUCCAUACCCGGAGUUUAUCAUAUUAUCCAGAGAACAAUUAAAAUGCAAAUCGCAAGCCUUUAUCUUUGGCCACAAUCGUUAGAGAUACCUAUCCUUGAUCCUUCAACAGUGGCUAUAAAUAAGCCAGUGGGAAUACUACACGUGAAGGUAGUACGAGCACAUAAGCUCUUAAAGAUGGACUUCCUGGGAACAUCGGAUCCUUAUGUGAAAUUAAAUCUAACUGGAGAGAGUUUGCCAGCCAAGAAAACAUCCAUCAAGAAGAGGAAUUUGAAUCCCGUAUGGAAUGAGAAGUUCAAGCUGGUGGUAAAGGACCCCGAGUCUCAAGUUCUUCAAUUGGAAGUCUUCGACUGGGACAAGGUGGGUACUCAUGAUCGGCUGGGAAUGCAGUUCGUGCCAUUGAAACUACUUACAGCCAAUGAGACCAAGGAAUUUAAGCUGGAUUUGCUGAAGCACACAUUCAUUGCAGAUCCUUAUGAUAAGAAGCCACGAGGGAAUAUCGUGAUCGAGUUGACGUAUGCGCCGUUCCGAGAGGAAAGCAUUAAAGUAGAUGGUAUAGGUGAUGUACUUUCCAGAAAGGAAAGCAGUCUCGACAGACCAUCUUUGAAUAGUAGUGAGGUGUUAAGUGGAGCAGGUUUGCUUUCGGUUACGGUUCAAGGAGCCGAGGAUGUUGAAGGUCUACGCCACAAUAAUCCCUAUGCUGUCAUCCGAUUCCGAGGCGACAAAAAGAAGACUAAGAAAAUCAAGAAAACACGGCACCCGCUGUGGAAUGAAGAGUUCCAAUUUAUGCUGGAGGAGCCUCCUUUAAAUGACACCAUUCGUAUCCAAGUUAUGAGCAGACGAAAAGGCAUUGGUUUCCAUUCCAAGGAAUGCCUGGGGAAACUGGAUAUCAAUCUCACAGACGUGGUCCAUAACGGCCGAAUCAACACCAAAUACCAUCUCUUGAAUUCCAAGAACGGGAAGAUACAUGUUGACAUCAAAUGGACGAUUGUUUAAGCAUUUGGGAUCUGUCGGAUUGUCUUUUAACCUACACUCCACUUUCUUGCAUCAACAUGCAAACAUUGCUACCAUGUCUCAAAACACAGGGUAUUAAAGACUCAAUGGACACAAAAACACCAACUCAAAAUUAUACACAAGACAAUAUUACUUUAGUGAACACCAACAUCAAAUUGAAUUUUGUUAGGAAUGAGAAUAGUAGGCAAAAAUCGGACGUCAAAGAUUAAUCCAUUUAUUUUAUUGGGAUUCCGGUAUUGGAUUUUUUA